CGCGUGUUUCGCAUCGCGGGUUAAAGCGCCACGACUAUCGUAUAUAUACGAUACAAUCAUACAUAUAUGUAUAAAUAACGAUACAUACCCACAUGUAUGAUACGCGUAACGCAGUGCAGUGAGAGAAAUUUAUCCGCGUUGUGUUUUAACAGAUGCAUACGUGUGUACUUUUGUACAUAUUUAUGAAUGUGUGCACGCACACGUGAUUCAUGCAUGUAUAAUAACGUGCACAUUAUAAAACUCACGAGAGUUACGCAAGUGCCUGACGUACCGCGGUUCUGUGUUUGCAAUUUUAAUUUUCCUUGAUUCGUUCGCCAAGAAGCCCCGAAGCAGCUGCGCAUUGGAUUUAUUUAAUUUGUGUAUUUUUAUACAUAUGUAUGUGUAUUACACGAUGUAUAUAUGCGUACGUAAUUUGGGAUUAUCAUCACGUCGCUGUCAUUACGAUUAAGAUGAUAACGAUGGAUGCUGCAUACGGGACGAGAUCGUAGAGGGUGGAGGAGGUGUGCCGCGUGUAUCGCUUGUCGGCACUUCUGACAGGAUCAGGAUUAUAAUAAUAUACACGCUCUGACCUUCGACCGGUGAGAAAGAGGCGAUACGAGGCUUUUGUCUGCUGCAGCUCGGGAAGCGUGAACUUUGUACUACCAUGGAUAACGCAUGAAGGAUAAAUCGGUUCGGAAACUCGAAUUUCUCGGCAUGAAAAUAUCCGUACCAGCGAUUUUAAUGAACGAGAAAUGGAGAUAGUCAAAAGCCGGCUGAUCGCAUGCGAGGAAGAGAUAAUUGAUACAUUGAAACGUCGACUACGAUGAUUUCGCUACCCCGAAACCUAGCCGCUACGUAGCGAGACUCUGCUCCGGGUUAAACGGCACACAGUAUGCCGUAUGUGCGACAACUUCUCGGGUUUCUCGCCCUGAUCUUGGGGGCGAGUUUUGCCUGGGGUUUUGUAGCCAGCGAACCGCGCCCUCCGUGUCACGUUUACAACGCCGUUACGCGGUGUUACAACGUCCAGAUACCGGAUUUGGAGAAUUACCUGCUCGAUAUCGAAGAGGAGGCCAGCCACACGCUCGAGAUAACGCAUUCGAACUUGAGCGUGCUCAGCAGGGAGCCGUUCCACGUUAAGAGGAACUGGGAGGUGUUGUACAUGGCGACAAACGGCAUCGCCGAAAUCGAGUACGACGCAUUUAUGAAGCUGGAAAAGGUGAUAACGAUAAACCUCGAACGAAAUCUGCUGACGUCGCUGAAUCCCAGGACGUUCACCUACUGUUAUUUACUCGUUAAGUUAAUAUUAAGCUACAACCCGUUGACGUUGAGCGACGAGGAAUCGUUCCUUGAGGCGAACCAGCUCCAGUACCUCGACAUCUCGUUCACCGACGUGAAGAACCUGCCGCUGAACACCUUCAAGUUUCUCCUCAAACUGAGGUACCUGAACAUCUCAAACAACCAGCUCGAGGUACUCGACAACGAGGUAUUCGCCCCUCUCCUCCACCUCGAGGUCCUAGACAUCAACAACAACAACUUCAAGGUAAUCGACUACAAGGUAUUCUCGAUCCACAGCCUGACCCACCUCUACAACGACUGGGUCUGCGACUGCAACUUCAAGAUCGUGUUCUACAGAAUAUUCGAGAAUGUCACCCUCGCUCACGACGCGGUGCGAUGCUCGGAGAACGGCACUUGGACGGAGAUGAAGGCCCUCGAAUGCAGCCACUACGUGCCCAACAAAACCCUCUACAACAACCUCGAGGAGUACUGGGCGGCAACCGGGGUCGGGAAGCAGAUUUCACCGAUCGAGGAGACCGUCAUACCUCCCGACAUACUGCUAGUCAUUCUCUCAUCCGUGAUCGUUUUCCUAAUACUGAUACUCACCCUGGUCCUGUUAUGCUGGUGUCGGACGAGGAACAAGGUGAAGAUCAAUCAUCCCGAGGAGCACAGCUUGGACACCAGCUGGCAGUACGGCACUGUCUCGUUGCACAGGGCCGGCUACGAUCCUGGCAAAGGUGCGAGUGCCGGUACCCCGACCGUGUCGGCGCCGAUCCUUCAGAACUCGACGAUCGAGGGAAUACCGAUGACGAGUAUAAGGCCCACCGCCCCGAGGAUGGCCGACGUUUAUCAGAGGAUAGAUCCAGGGGAGCAUGACGUUAGCUAUUCCGAUCAGGAAGCCGACGACGUUGCCUUGUACGAACGGAUGCAUUGAUAACGUCCGAGUUUGACGCGUUUGCAGGAUGAUAUCACCUUUAAAAUUUUUCUUCCCUUAAUAAUAAUAAUAAUAACAACAACAACAACAACGAUAAUAUUAAUAAUGAGUAUUGUGAUAAUAUGAAAGAAAAGAAAGAAUUGCGUUUAAGUAAGCUUACCCUUUUCCUCCGCCCUUUCAAGUGUCUCAACGAGGACUGUUUUCACAUGACUUGAUACUCCAGAUUUUUUUUUUCGCUUGUUUUAUUUCUUCGUUGUUUCUCCUGCGGCGUAACGGCAGGAAAUUGCGUCACUGAUAUUAGAUUUCCGGUCAGAUCGCUUCGGGUUCAACCACUGCCUCCUUUCUUAGAAAUACCUCGGGUUGUAUUCUCGUCAUACUUAUCAAGUUUUUUGAAUGCGUAUUUCUUCCUGUAGAGCACGGUGUGGAUUUAUCUCUUUUCCGGUUCUCUGCAGAAGUUAUAUAUAGUUAUCUUGCUGGACUUUGACGCCUGACGUAGACUUCGCCCGAUGAGUUAUCCGCUGGCGUUUGACUAUCUAGAAAGAAACUUGCGAUAAAUCAACAGUCGUGUUUAUUCGGUAAAUACAAGCACACGAAUGACUGUGAGCUACAGAACAGGGUAUGAAGAUGAUCGAAGGAAAAAUUGCAAGGUCGAGAACGGAAGAAUCGUGUCGAGGGGCGUAAUUAAUAAAUUGUAAUUUAACGCGUAACUGACUUUAAAUCGGCUAUCCAACACCCCUGAUAAUCAUUUCGGAAGGGAUCUAUGCAUGCAUUUUUACGAUAAUCACGCUCUUGUUCCAAAUGUACUAACCGAGUCGUGCGCAGACCGAUGGAUUCUCAGAUAUAUAAAUACCCUAAAGCUUCGAAAAUCGUUCCUGGCUUCCUGCUGCACUAAUUCGUUUAAAUAUUAUCCUUUAUCGUGAUUAAUGAUUGCAUAAAGGAACGAAAUUUAUGGAGAUAGGUAACGAUAUCGGUCUUUUUACCGCUGCCUCGAAAGGUUCACUGGCGGAUCAAGAACCUCGACUCGAGUCCUCAACCUCGUUACAACAGCUUAGAGACAUUGCCGCUGUAUUUGAUUUUCUAUAUUGCUCUGCAAAAGAAAUUAGAACGUCACGAGCCUCGAUCGAGGAUCUCAAAAGUAACCGAUUGGGUCUCAUUCUGCAAUCCUGUGCUCGAAGGGGAACGAUUUGAAUUCGAAUCACUUAUCGUUAGCCGUAGUACCUAAUACUCGCGAACGUGUGACGAAAGUUUGUUCGAACAGGCUCGAGGAAAUUUUGUUUCUUCGUAUUUUGCUUAUUCGUAUUCAAUUCUCAUUUUUCAUUACUGAUUUAAUUCUCUUUUCUAAAUAACUAAUUUCUAAAAAUAGGAAUAACCUAGAUGAAGAUAACAACAAUUAUUCGUGCGAACAUCCGUUCGCCACGUGAAAAGAGUCAAUUUUUACGCACGAUAUUGAUAAGUUGUAAUAUUACAUUGUAUUGUUAAGAAAAUUUUAACUGAAUUCUUCGAACAAAGAAAUUCUUUAUGGGGAGACUGAUGCAGCCUGCGCAAUGAAACUCGGUUUUACUGACCUACUUGGCGGAAAUAUAGUCUGUAAGUUACAUACUAUACAUAAAUAAAUACACAUCAAUACAUAUGCGAUAAUCGGAAUGUGUAUUAUUAAAAUGAAGAUGUAUAAUAAAAAUAAUUAUUAUUACAUGUAUGUUAAUAUAAUUAUGAUUGAAUAUAGUAUCCAGUGUCGGUGAAACGUGAAUAUAAUAUAUAAUUACACAUAGGUAUAUAUAUAUAUAUAUGUGUGUGUGUGUGUGUGUGUGUGUGUGUGUAUGGAAAAAAUUUCUCCGCUGUGUGCCUACAUAUCGCGAUCCCGUGGAGUUAUUUUCUAGUGACGAUUUAUUGUCAAGACCCGUGUCCAAUAUUUCCUGAUUGUCAAUUAUCAUCUUUUUUCACGCGUUCCAAAAAAUGUCGUAUCAGUUGAACCAACAAUAUUACAAUAUUAAACUAGAAAUUGCAGAGAUUUUCUUUCAACGCGUAGAGGUUAAUUAAUACCCCCGAAAUAACACCACGGAAUUAAAAUGUAAAUAAUCAUUAAAUUAAUGUAAUUAAGAGAUGCACAGACGAUGUACUAGUUCCUAAUUACCUUUAUACAUAUAACCCACUUCCGAAAAACUAAUCCUCAUUGAAAAAAAAAGAAAAAAGAAAAAAAGGUAACGAGCAAAUGAAAACGGAAUAACGAGUUACCCCAAUAUUUGUCUCUAAUAAUAAUAACAAUAACAAUAAUAAUAAUAAUAAUAAUAGUGAUAAUAAUAACGAUACUUGACUCACCAACGUAAAAUUACACUCGAGGGGAGAGAUAUUUCUUUUACUUUUUCCCUUCUGGUAAUUUUUUUAACCGCGGUCACUUGACCUUAAUUGGCAUGUUUUAGAUACGUUCUACCUUGCGAUAUUUUUCUACCAGCAGGCGAAAACAAAAAUGAUUGUUGGACAAACUCUUAUACAGAUCUCGAUUCAUUCCAUUGUACUUUCUCACCUCUGUGUACAACGUCAACGUUUCGUACAAAAAGCGGGUCAAGGGUUAUAAUUUUUGUACAAAUUAUUCGUACUUCAAUGUAUUUUUUAAAUUUAUUGUGUUCUUCAAAAAAAUACUUGAUUAAUGUGUAACGAGAGCUUUCGACGGUUGCAUAAUUGCCAGAUAUUUUCUUUACAUUUUUAUACUUCAUCGUUUCAUCGUCCGUUGCCCCAAGAUAAAUAUCAUUUCCGUCUGAUACGAUGGAUCAAAAAAAAAAACUCUUUCCUAAACCUUGAACUCUUUCUCUCUCUCUCUUUCCCCCUCCCUGUCUAUAAUACACCUCUACGCUAGACGUAAUACUUAUACAUAUUUACGUGUGGAAUGUUGAAAUUUGUCGAAAAAACGCCUAAAUAUACUUUAAAAUACGCCUGGGUCUAUCCUACCUAUCUUUGUUGUGUAAAUUCUUUAAUAGAAUCAAACUGUAAAUGAAAGUAAAUCUUCUCUCUUCCAUCCGUAUUUGAAAAAAUUGAACGAAUAAAGAAUAUGUACCUAAAUAUACGAUUAAUUAC